UUUCGACAAGCACACUUCCGGUCGGGGGGUUUAACGGAAGUCAGGCCACCUCCCGUUCUGCGUCCUGCGUCCUGCGUCCCGCGUCCCCGCGUCGCUCUUCGCGGGAGAAGGGCUGUCGCCGCGUGGACACGAGCGGAUGCGCGAGUCUCAGGAAUCAUCUGAGGUGCGCACAUGCGCACUGAGCACCGCACGCUGACCUACAUCGGCGGCCGGAGGAGAGCGCUGCUGGGGGCUCGAGCGGGAGGAGGAGGAGGAGGAACCGGAAUCGCUGCGCCCUCACGAGCAUGGACCGGCACCCUGCCGUGAUGGCCGGGGACAGAUAGCCGCGGAGCGGACCGGCGUGGAUCGGAUCGGAGCGGAGCGGAGCGGACCGGCGAGGAGCGGACCGGACCUUCCUGGGCGCGUCGCGGGCGGCACCGACGUCCGGCGCGCGAUGAGCGGAGCGGAGCGAUACGAGCUGCUUCUGUGGGUGUCGGCCGUCGCUCUCCACGCCGCGGGGGCCCUGAUUCGGUCUCCGCCCGGGAGCGUCGGCGCGGACAACGGGACCGCGGCGGACGGCGGAUCGGCGCCGAUGCUCUUCGCCGGGACCGCUCAGAUCAUCGCCAGGGAGGGGAACAGCGUGGCGAUCGACUGUAACGUCACAGGCGAUCCGUUCCCCGCCGUGCGGUGGCUGAACUCGCACGGCCCCCUUCUGGACGGUGGGAAAUGGCUCAUACUGGACAACGGCAUCCUCAACAUCAGCAGCAUCGCCUUUGAAGACCGCGGGAAGUACACCUGCGUGGCCUCAAAUGUGCAUGGCGGUGCCAACUGCACGGUGACGCUGCGCGUGGUCUUCACCAACGGCGACAUGGGCGUCUACUACAUGAUCGUGUGCCUUGUCACAUUCACCAUCAUCAUGGUGCUCAACGUGACUCGCCUGUGCAUGAUGAGCAGCCACCUGAAGAAGACUGAGAAGGCCAUCAACGAGUUUUUCCGCACCGAGGGCGCCGAGAAGCUGCAGAAGGCCUUUGAGAUCGCCAAGCGCAUCCCCAUCAUCACGUCGGCCAAGACACUUGAGUUGGCCAAGGUCACGCAGUUCAAGACCAUGGAGUUUGCGCGCUACAUCGAGGAGCUGGCGCGCAGCAUCCCCCUCCCACCGCUCAUCAUGAACUGCCGCACAUUCAUGGAGGAGAUCCUGGAGGUGGUUGGUGUCGACGAGAUGAGGCACACGUUCGUGCGGCAGGCGCCCGAGGGCGCGGAGAGGGCCGCCGGCACGAGCUCGAGCGUGGGAACCCCGGACGUCUACACGAUCCUCCGCGAGCGCAGCGACUCGCCGGCUUCUGACUCGGAUGACGCGUCGCUGCAAGAGCAACCCCGGCACCUGGCCAUUCGGGUGUCGGUGCACCCCCCGCUGGCUGCCAAUGGCUAUUGCGGCUCGGAGGCCCCGCUGCCGGAGGCGAAGGGUGAGGUAGCGCCUCCGCCUCCUGCUCCUCUUCCUCCCGUGCUCUCGCCUGCGGCGCUGCAGCAAGACGCCGAGGAGGGAGAUGGAGAUGGAGAUGGGGAGGGGGGGGCUGCCGAGUCCAGGCCCACGCAGGUCAUCUACGAAAGCCACGUGUAGCCCGGUCACAGGUCGCCGGGAACAUCCAGCGUGUUUCCUGACGAGGUUGAGGAAGGACAGCCGCGGCUCCCGGGCUGCUCGUGCAGGUUCAAGAGACUCGGCCGUGGCCCGGCACGAGGCGCUUUACCCUGCUUGCAGUGGACCCCGCAGCAGAUUAUAAAUUAUGUCCCCCCGCAAGUGCUCGAGGACUGGCUUCAUGCGCAAACGUCUUAAAGGACCCCACCCUUAGUUUAGUACCGUUCUUGUUGUCGCUCAGCGUUCCUGUUCGAAGAGACUUUGUCGAGUGCAGCGCUAGCCUGGUCUUGCCUUUUAGCCAUUUUCUACCCUUCUACGAUGAAUGUUCACCCUGCAAAGAGGAGAGCGCCAGUCUCCCCCCCCCCCCCAUAAUCUCCCUAGAGAAGGUAGGGCUUCUGGCCACAGGGGGCGCUCUGCUCUCACUCCUCUUUGUUGCGGUGUGCUGGCUGUGCGCUGCCGUACGGCCCAGCCCCUCCUUGUGCUCGCUGUGGCGCUUUUUGCAGUGAAAUAAAACUCUUUGCCGUGUUGCCAUGGCUGCGUCCACAAUGAAUGCUCA